AUGGCUCUUCAAACCGCUUAUUUGCUUCCUGCUUCUUUCUCCAUUCCCAAAGAGGGGAAGGUUGGUGCAUCUCUCAAGGACUCAACUCUUUUUGGUGUUUCAUUUUCUGAUUCUUUGAAAGGUGAUUUCACCUCUUCUGCAUUGAGGUGUAAGAGGGAAUUGCGACAAAAAGUUGGUGCUGUGAGGGCGGAGACAGCGGCUCCGGCCACUCCAGCAGUUAACAAGUCAUCAUCUGAAGGGAAGAAGACAUUGAGGAAAGGAAAUGUUGUGAUCACUGGUGCUUCAUCUGGUUUAGGUCUAGCUACUGCUAAGGCUUUGGCUGAAUCAGGAAAGUGGCAUGUAAUUAUGGCUUGCAGGGACUACCUCAAAGCUGCAAGAGCUGCGAAAUCGGCUGGAUUGGCUAAGGAAAACUACACAAUUAUGCAUUUAGACCUUGCGUCUCUUGACAGUGUUCGUCAGUUUGUUGAUAACUUCAGGAGAUCGGAAAUGCCAUUGGACGUGCUGGUUAAUAAUGCUGCUGUUUACUUUCCAACUGCUAAGGAACCUAGUUUCACGGCGGAUGGCUUUGAAAUUAGUGUUGGGACAAACCAUCUCGGGCAUUUUCUUCUUUCGCGCCUUUUGCUUGAGGACCUUAAGAAAUCUGAUUACCCUUCAAAGCGCUUGAUCAUAGUCGGCUCAAUCACAGGUAACACGAAUACGUUGGCUGGAAAUGUACCGCCGAAGGCUAACCUCGGUGACUUGAGGGGACUUGCUGGUGGCUUGACCGGGCUCAACAGUUCGGCAAUGAUAGACGGUGGAGAUUUUGAUGGUGCCAAGGCAUACAAGGACAGCAAAGUCUGUAAUAUGCUCACAAUGCAAGAGUUUCAUAGAAGAUAUCAUGAGGAAACUGAAAUCACAUUUGCUUCCCUUUACCCUGGUUGCAUUGCCACAACAGGAUUGUUUAGAGAGCACAUUCCCUUGUUCAGAACUCUAUUCCCUCCAUUCCAAAAGUACAUAACCAAAGGCUACGUCUCAGAAGAAGAAUCCGGAAAGAGACUUGCUCAGGUUGUAAGUGAUCCAAGCCUAACAAAAUCUGGUGUUUACUGGAGCUGGAAUAAUGCUUCUGCUUCAUUUGAAAACCAGCUAUCACAAGAGGCCAGUGAUGCCGAGAAGGCUCGCAAGUUGUGGGAGGUUAGCGAGAAGCUUGUUGGUUUGGCCUAA